GGCCACAUUUUGUCUAGCAUUUCAACCCUACUAGCAACGCCACAAAAAAUUAUUGCAAAAAAAAGAACGAAACCGGAAAAAGAUUCAUAUACAGAAAUUGUAUAAAAAUGUUUUAAAUGUCAGUUGAGCAACUGCUGAGCGUUUGCCAAGACAAUUCACAGCAGCAAUCCGGAAAAAAACAGAGGCAACAGAACGAGCUUAAAAAUGUCCAGUUGCGGGGGUGGUGGUGGUGGCAGCGUCGUCGGCGGCGGCAUCAGCGUCUCGGCUGGCGAUUGGAUUUGUCCAGAUAUUGACUGUCGCCAUUCGAACUUUGCACGUCGCCUGCAAUGCAAUAAAUGCAAUCGGGAGCGCGAGAGCAACGCCACCGAAAAACUGGACCGGGACAGAGAUCGAGAACGGGAACGGGAGCGGGGAAAUGGCAGCAGCAGCAGCUCCAGCAAAAAGAAACUGGGAACAGAGAUUGGCAAAGUGGCCGCAGACAAGUCACGUGGCCUUUUCAGUGCCGAGGACUGGCAAUGCAGCAAAUGCGCGAAUGUUAACUGGGCUCGCCGCCAGACUUGCAACAUGUGUAAUGCUCCCAAGUUUACCGAUGUAGAGGAGCGUACAGGCUUUGGCGGCGGCUAUAAUGAUCGCGGCGUCGUGGAGUACAAGGAACGCCAGGACUCGGACAGCGAAUACGAUGAGUUUGGACGCCGCAAGAAGCGUAAAAAUAAUGACAGAGGUGGCGGCGGCAGUAGCGAUCGCAGUGAUGAGGAUGGACGGAACAACGAGGAUGUAAAACGCGCUAGACGCAGUGUCAAUGACGGCGACGAGGAGGAAGACGAUGACGAGGACGACGAUGGUGAUUUGUCCAAAUACGAUUUGUGGGGCGACAAUGAAGUGACCUCGAGCAAUGUUAAAAGCAAGGAACAGGACAAUGGCACUAGCAACAACAGCAGCAGCAGUAGCAGGGAGAAGCAGCCACCAGCUGCGACAGCUAGCAGUAAAAGAGCCACACGCGACUCCACAUCAUCCAACUCGUCGUCGUCCUCAUCGAGCUCGAGCAGCUCUAGCGACUCAUCCACAACCUCAGUAACAAGCAGUUCCAGCAGCAGCAACGGUUCCAGCAGCAGCAACAGUAAGCGCGACAAGAAGCGAUCCGAAACUCGUCGCUAGACGUUUUCUAAGCCCAAUCUCCGUUGGAGAAUUCAUGCUACUGUCUUGUUUUUAUUUUCUCUUUUUUUCCUUGUUGGGAAAGAAAAAAACUGAUGUUUAUUUAUUUUUCUAAGUCUGCGCCAUUUCCCAUGACAUGUAUUGAAACACCACACCCCAUAAUAAUCAAUAAAUUCAUAUUAUUUAAGA